AUGGCCCAAGACGCGCCUCUCCGGGCUGUAGGAGCAGAAUAUACAUCAGGAUUGACUGCAGCUGCCCUUGGUUCGAAAACGAAGUGCCGCUCUGACCUGCUGGAUCCGGAGAAGAUCACGAGUAUCAACUUCCAUGGAGCAGCUUCAAUUUGUCGCUCCGAGAAAUGUCUUGGGGACGAUAUCGUCGAUUGUAAAGUGCACGGAUGGUCAGAUUCGGGGAAACCUUACGUGACGUGCCAGAGCGACUUCUUGCCCCCGGGCUAUAAGUUCCAGUACGCCCAAGUUCAUUGCACAUACGAAGAGAAGUGCAUUGUGAAGAACACCUGCCAAGUCGAGUACAAGUUGACGACACUUUCGGUUGCGGAGGGGAGGAACAAUCGUCAGGAUCAUUAUGAUCGACGACGGUAUCCCAACGGUGGAUUCGGCAGUCUCGCGAUGUUUCUCUUAUGCAUCUGCUUAUCCAAGCUCCUGGCCAACAGAGGUUACUCGGAUGCGAUGCCCCCUCUUGGUCGAGGCUUCGGGUAUCAUCCCUACGGGGGAUACGGCUUCAAUGGCUACCCGUACGGCUUUGGCGGGAAUGGGGGCUACGGCGGUUUCGGCGGCGGUCUGGCUACGGGUGCUCUCCUAGGCUAUGGUCUCGGAUCGUCGAGGGAUUGCGGUGGAUUCGGGGGGCUCGGAGGCUUCGGAGGAGGCUGCGAUGGAGGAGGAUUCGGUGGCAGUGAUGGAGGAGGGGGGUUCACGAGCGGGGUUGGUCACGGCUCCUUGAAUGCGAUUUGA